AUUCACCGGGUGUAGUGUUGAGAUGAAUGUUGCCCAUCACUAGUUAGUAAAAUUAAACAAAAAAAAAUUCCGCACAAAAAAAAUAGCUGGAAAAUAAUAACUUUUCAGCGCCAGUCGAGUUGCCUGGUGGACAACGGCCGUGCGCUCAAGUUGUGUGCAAUGAGAAAAGGCUGGAAAACAUGCAGAACCAGAAUUGCAGCCGGAUAAAUACACCACUAACGGAAUUGACGGUCGUCGUGAUAUCGCAAUUAGCAUAAAAAUGAGAUUGGGCUACUACGAGACAGGCGAGACAGCAAUUAAAAUGCAAAGAAUGUACGGACUGUUGUUGCCAACCUUGACAUUUUGGAUAAUCUGCUUACAUUUGCCGAUACAGUCGAAGCAAUUGCAAAUAACAGCGCCAUGCGAUCGUAGUCGCAAAGUGUUCACAGAGCCCUACGGCGAGAUAAGCGAUGGUCCAUCCGGCUACAAUUAUACGCAGGACUCGCACUGUGAAUGGCUGAUAAAGGCGAAAAAUGACAGUCAAUUCAUUACACUAACAUUCCACAGCAUGGGCACCGAGUGCUCCUAUGACUACAUAUAUGUAUAUGAUGGCGACUCCUUCAAUUCAACGCUGCUAGGCAGCUUCAGUGGACGCACCCAGCCACAGAGAUUGGUUGCACGCAGCGGUAGUAUGCUUAUACUUAUGUACAGCGAUACAAACUAUGUGCUCGAUGGAUUUCGGGCUUCCUACUACAUAUCAAACUGCCUAAACAACUGUCAUAAUCAUGGCAAGUGCGUUGGCCAUCAGUGUGUCUGCCACGGCGAAUGGGUGGGGCCCGAUUGUGAAGACGAGGCAUGCCCACUGAAAUGUGGCGAGCAGCAGGGACGCGGUAAGUGCCAGAAGAGCAUUUGCCAUUGCUCGAAUGGCUACAGCGGACGACUCUGUGAUCUCAGUGAUAAUCCGCCGGGCAGCAGCUGGCGAUGGCUUGCCACCGAUGCCGAAGGCAUGACGCCGCGUGCUGCACAUACCGCCGUCUAUAUAGAGGAUGAGGAUUCACUGUUUGUCUUUGGCGGAUAUGAUCUAAACAAUGUUAUCAGCACGCUGCAAGUCUAUCGCUUUAGCACAAGCCAAUGGGAGGAUGAAUGGGGCAUACCACUGCAGAGUCGUCGUCACUUUUAUCAUCCCCAUAAAAUAGAUCAUACGCUGCUCAAGGCAGUGCUGCAUCACAAGAACGAGGAUGAGGCCAAGCUCUGGGGCCUGACGAGCGAUGUGAGCUUCUUUCGUAAUAUACUCUAUACAUUGGCUGAAUCGAAUUUGCAUCAACGACGAACGCGUUCCUCUCUCCCAUUGACCACAGUGAAUGCCAAUUCCACGGAUGAGGAGCUCUCCGAGUAUCUGGAGGAUAUACUCGAAGAGGUCACAGAUCACAAGCCACAUGGACGUUAUGGCCAUGCGGCGGAUCGGGUGCCCGGCGGUUUUGUCAUCUACGGCGGCAAGCAUGCCAAUGGCAGCUUCUACAAUGAUCUCUGGCAGUACAAUAAUACGGAAAAUGGUGGCAAAUGGAAGCAAAUGGCCAUCAGAUCACAAAUUCAGCCGCCAGCGUUGGCACGUCACACGCUCACAACGGCUGCGGAUCAUUUGUAUCUGUUUGGCGGAAGCGUGGAGACGGGUGAAUUCUCUUCAAGCAUUUAUCGCAUCCGGCUGCCACUCAACGAGGAUUCCCAGUGGCAGUUGGUGCAACCGCGAGGUGGAAAAACACUGGACGUACGCCUUGCAGCACAUUCUACGGUUUAUUAUAGCGCAACGAAUUCCUUGAUUGUCUUUGGCGGCAUUAUGACCAGUUUGGCACGCUUUUCCAAGUUAUCGGAUCGCAUUUUUGCCUUUCAACUGGAUCAACUACACUGGACUGAGAUACUGUAUCCUCGCACUGCACUCCGGGACACAAACAUUCCACGUGAACGCGCCUUUCACACGGCCACAAUAUCCGGAAAUUAUAUGAUUGUCUUUGGCGGUUACACGCAUCGCCACAACAAGGAUGAGAUCUGCUAUGAUAAUCAAAUGUAUUGGUAUCAUCUCAGCUGUCACAUUUGGAUCAAUCAGGUGGUCUCCGCCGAUGACAGUCUCUAUCCGAAAUCUCAGGGUGUUUUCGCCCAGGCGGCUGCACUGCGUCGAAAUCACACUCUGCUCAUCGUGGGCGGUUAUCAUGGCAAUGUGAAUGCGGACCUGUUUGCCUACGAAUUGCCGCAAGUGUUGCGCGUGGAGAACACGCUGUAUAAUCAUAAUCCGGAAAUGUCAUGUCGCUUACAUGGAUCCCACACCGCCUGUCUGUCCAAUCCAGAAUGUGGCUGGUGCUCCGCCGAUAGCAGUUGCUAUGGACGCACAAUUGGCGCCAAUUGCACCACAAAUCUACAGACAACACGUUGUCCUGGCAUUUGUCCCUCGUUGGGGGAUUGUCAUUCCUGCUUGGUGCACGGCACGUCGUGGGGAAGUGGCAACAGUGCCGCUGCUGCCUUCUCCGUGGCUAGUAAACUUGGCCUUAACGAAUGCACGUGGUGUGUACAGAAUGCCCGCUGCCAUCAUCGGGAUGAUAAUUAUGGCAUCUGCGGGGACAGCGCCGGCUGGUGGGGCGACCAGGGCACUGAGAUUCGUCAGCCUGAUAUGUGCACCCGGAAUGAUAGACGACCAGGUCUCACCUAUAUUAAGUACAAUUAUCCUGUUAACUAUACAAUGCCGGAUUAUGUGGGCAUUGUCAAUGCCACCAUGGUGGACUUUUCCUCACCCCCACCAGCUGCGUACUUUGAGCAGCGACAGGAGGGCGAAAUGCUGGCCCGGCUCCUGGGAUUUGUGCGUCCGCAGCAGCAAUGGAACAACAACAACAACUCGGCUAUACAGGUGUGCAGCAGCUACUCCUCCGCGGUGCUCCGUGCUGGACUCGGCAUGAAUCUCGAUGCACUGGAAAAUGUAACCAGUCAAAUCUCAAAUCAAUCCUAUUGCAGCAAUGUCCAGCUGCCAAGCACCGAGCAACCUUUCCUCAUUGAUUUCCAGGCACGUCGUCGCAUUGGACAGAACAACAUCUACAACACGUAUCAGAAGACUAAAAUGGAGUUGCAGCAUUUGCACAAUGGUCAAUUGAAUGCCUUUACAUUUGAGUAUCUGGAGCCGUACUACUCCGGCGAUUGUACUCAGUAUGGCAAUUGUUUGCACUGCCUGACAGAUGCCUCCUGCUCCUGGUGUCCAUUGAGCGGCAAAUGCCAUUUAAAGUCGGUCAAUGAGAGCGCUGUUUGUGUGGCCAACACCAAUGAUACCCUGGAGCAUGGCACGCAUUGGGCAUAUUUGAUCAGUCAGCCAAGUCAAUGUGCCAACUGUUCCAACUAUGUGAGCUGUGAGGCGUGUGUUUCCACGCCUGGCAAUGGCGAAUGCGAAUGGUGGCUGGAUGAUGCACGUUGCGGUCGCAUUGGCAAAUCCAACAGCAGUGUCCGAGCAAUUGGACAAUGUCCGCGUCCAUGCCGGGAGCGUCAUGGCUGUGAUCAGUGUUUGGGCGAGCGAGGUCGUUGUGUUUGGUGUGAGGCGAGUGCUCAGUGCUUCAGUUUUGCAGUGUACACCAGCGAGUAUCAGUUUGGCAUGUGCCGCGAGUGGAUUGACAAGGUGGGAACACCACCCAGCAUCCCAGCAACGUCAUCGUCAUCCUCCUCCUCCUCCUCCUCCUCAUCCACAUCGCAAACCACAACAUUGAUAAUGAGGUCAAAUGAACCACGUGCGUUGCAACAAUGUAAAUCCUGUGAUCGUCAUCGCAAUUGCACCUCCUGUCUGAGAGCCUUGAGCUGUGGCUGGUGCUUCGAUCGUGAUAACCCCAUUGAGGGCAUCUGCAUGCAGGGAGAUUUCAGCUAUAGCGCUGGAAACUGCUCCUUGGCCCUAAACAGCAGCACACAACACGAUGCGGAAUGGGCGUAUGCCCAGUGUCCGGAUGUGGAUGAGUGUGGUCUUGGUCUGCAUGAUUGCCACAAGGAGGCCAAGUGCACCAACACCCAGGGCAGCUACAAUUGCCACUGUCGUCGUGGCUACAACGGCGAUGGAAGAUUCAGCUGUGUCCGCACUUGUUACGAGUUCUGUCAACAUGGUUAUUGCUCUGGUCCGCCAGAUUACAGCUGCAAAUGUGACUUGGGCUGGACGGGAGCUGAUUGUGGCAUCAGCUGUGGCUGCAACAAUCACUCCACGUGCACUGAACGCCUCGGCAAGUGUGACCAAUGCCAAUCCUGGACAGAGGGAGAGCGCUGUGAGCGAUGUCGUCAGGGAAGCUACGGCAAUGCCACCGCUACUGUCGGCUGUCAUCCCUGCGAGUGCAACGGUCAUGGUAAUCAAGAUCAGGGCAUCUGCAAUGUGAGUCAUGGUGAAUGCUUUUGCAAGGACAACACACAAGGACUAAAAUGCGAUGUGUGUGCUCCCGGUUAUUAUGGCGAUCCUCGAGAUGGGGGACAGUGUUAUUAUCAGUGUGAAUCUCGAGGGAUCCUCACGAGCAUUGGUCGGAGUGCCAUUGGUUCGUAUCAAUCGUAUCGCUCUCCUUGGGGCGCCAGUUUGGAGGUGCGGGAAUGUCUGUGGAUAUUGCAACCAAAGACGUUGCACGCGGACAAAUCGCUGUUGCAACUGGAAUUCCAAUGGAACAGCCUGGUCAUGGACUGUGAUGAGAAUGCCGUGUAUAUCUAUGAUAGUCUGCCGGACUUAACAGGCGCUGCCCAGCAGAAUCAACUGCUGGCCGUAAUCUGUGAGCCGUACAGUGCGGCAAGGAUCAUUGAGGCACGUUCCAGCCAUGUGACUGUCUACUAUAAACAAGGAAGCGAACGUCGUCACUUUGGCUUCAAUGCCCUGUACUCGGUGAUGAAUUGUAUGGCCGGAAGUUGCCUGCACCCGCACAUCUGUGAUGCCCAGCAACGUUGCGUCUGCCCACCGGGAUAUGUGGGAGCACGCUGUGAGAUCGAGAUCUGUCCGAGCAAUUGUCAUGCCAAGAGAUUGCAGGGAUAUUGCGAUACGGAAUACGGACGCUGCAUCUGCAGCAAUGGGAGCUAUGCGGGCGCGGAUUGUGGCACGUUGGUGCAACGGAAUCAUUUGGUGCUCGCAGAGCUCUUUAAUACCCAACUCCUCAGUGAGGCAUUGGAGCAUCUGCGCAAGACGAUACCACGUUUUGGACACUCGGUGAAUGCCGAUCGUCGUGGCUCCUUGUGGAUGUUUGGCGGUUAUUCCCCAAGCCAUGGACCACUCAAUGAUUUCCGUCAGUUUGACACAAAGAACGGCACCUGGUUGCAGGUGACGGUGGAGUCCUCCACGCCCGAGGAUCGCAUGCCCUUGGGACGUUACUUUCAUGCCGCUGAGAUCUAUGUGAAGAAGCAGAGCAUCUACAUCUAUGGCGGCGUUGGCGCCAAUUCUCGUUUGCUUGCGGAUUUCUGGCAGUUUUCCAUACAGAAUCAACGCUGGAGUCAAAUCGAAGUGUUGAAGGAUCAGGAAUCUCCGCCAGCUUUAGCUGGACACACAUUGUGCCAGGUGCGCUAUCAGGAUAGGGAAUCCCUUUUGAUUGUGGGUGGAUUAAGUCUGAACAAAUCGCGUUCCUUGGAGCUGUGGGAAUUCAAUCUGGAUACAGGACGUUGGCAGCAGCUGGCGGCGAUGGGAGCACGUCUUCCUGUGCUGUACGGUCACAGUGCCGUUUACCAUGUGGAGACGCACAGCGUCUAUGUCUUUGGCGGCUAUGCGGGUGAACCGCAGAACAAGUUGUAUGCACUGGAUUUGACCAAAUUGACUUGGACCGAGUUGCCCACGUUCAAGGAACUGAAUGCUCCCGCGUCGCUGCUGCCUCGAGGACGCUACUUCCACUCCGCGGUGAGCACGGAGCACUACAUGGUUGUCUAUGGCGGCAGAACAACGCCCUACAAUUCCACAGAUGUAUUGAUUGCCUAUGUCUACGCCUGCAAUCAAUGGGUGCGUCUGACUGAGGAUGUGCAGCUGAUUGGACGCCUGCCAGUGGCCAGCUAUGCCGAGGACAUGGCCAUCGAUGCGGAUAGUGGCACCAUCUAUGUCAUUGGCGGCUGGGAUGGCAGUGCCACCCAAAGUCAUGUCACACGCAUCAACAUCCCGGAGGAUCUCUGCCAGCUUUGGAGUGGUGGCAAGUCCAUCUGUCGGCAUUAUAUGGGCUGUAGCUAUUGCACCAUCCAGAACACGUACAGCAACAGUUCACAUUGCUUUACCCAGGGACGUGCUCCCUGUGCCAAUCACAAUGGCACCCUGGUCAUUAAUAAUGGUCCCGCCUGCAAUGAUAUCUGGCUGGCCAGCAGGAACUGCUCCAGCUUUGGCAGCUGCAGUGCCUGCCUGGCCGCUUGGCCAAUUCACCAGGAGAUGACGCCGGUUUGUCAGUGGUGCGAUGAAUGUGGCAUUCGUGGACGUUGUGUGCCCGCUGGCGUCGAUUGUGCCCGGAGCAGCGCCUGGUGUCCCAAGGAGUUGAGUGUGGGCGUGCUCGGCUUGUGUCCCCUGCCGCAGUGUCAUCAACUGGACUGCGAAUCCUGCAUGCGGCAUGCGGAUCAAUGUCAUUGGGCACGCAAUGAACUUGGACACGUGGAGUGCAUUGCCCGUGAGCUGGUGGAAAAGAACGCCUAUCGCCUGGUGGAACAGUGUCCACCUCCAUGUCACACGCACACCAAUUGCAGCAGCUGUCUGCAGUCGACGGCUGAGGAUGCAUCCGCCUCCGCCUCGGAUUGCAAGUGGUCAACCAUGUUGAAUGCCUGUCUCUCGCCCAGUGCCCAACCGCUGCUCUGUGCUGGCGGCGUCUGCGGCUUAGUGCUAGAAUCCACCGAACUGGAACGUUGUCCGGAGCCGUGUCAUGUGUAUUCCCAGUGUUCCAGCUGUUUGGAGCAUGCCCAUUGUGGUUGGUGUGCCCGCGAGGGAUUCAAUGGCGAUGGCAUUUGCACAGAAGGAGCACUGGAGCAUCGUCAGGAGUAUCCAUCGGGCUCCACUUGUGAUCUGAUCUACAGCAGCUGGCGCAACGAUUCCCAGUUGACACAUGCCGAUGUCGUGAGCUGGCAUUAUGUCCAGUGUCCGGCGGAGAAUGAGUGCGAGAAUGGACACCACAAUUGUGAUGCAGUGUCGGAGCAGUGCAUUGAUCUGGACACGCCCACCCUUGGGUAUAAGUGCGUCUGUGCCGCGGGAUAUCGCGAGGAGCAGUCAAGCUGUCUCCCCGUCUGCAGUCAGGGAUGCGUUCGUGGCAGCUGUGUGCGUCCCAAUGAAUGCCAGUGUGACUUUGGCUAUGUGGGCGAGAAUUGUAGCAUUCAGUGUCUGUGCAAUGGACACUCCAACUGUGAGUCGAGCAGCCGGCUGGACAUUUGCCUGGAGUGUCACAACAACACUAUGGGGGAGCAGUGCGAGAAGUGCCAGCCCCUGUUUGUGGGCAAUCCUCGCGAGGGUCACGCCUGUCAGCCCUGCUUGGAGUAUUGUCACGGUCACUCGGAUGUCUGCGUUGCCUACGAUGCGGAUCCCGCUGUCUUCAACAUGACACGCUCCGAAUUGGAACGCAUUCUACCUGAGGGUCCCGCCCACAAUGCCACCUGUCUGCGUUGUGACAAUCACACGGCCGGAGAUCGUUGUGACAGCUGCUUGCUGGGCUACUUCCGUGGCAGCGAGGAUCUCCAUCGCCAGUGUCGUCCAUGUCAGUGUCACGGUCAUGGCAAUGUUUGUGACGCCGUCACGGGUGAGAAAUGCAACUGUGCCAACAAUACGGAAAGUGAUGCCACCUGCACGGCCGGAGGAGGCAAGAACUCGGCCCAACUCUGCUGGAGUGUCCAGUGCUCCAAGUGCCGCGACUCGUAUGCGGGCAAUCCCACCGAUGGACAUCAAUGCUACAAGCAAAUCACCGUCGAGUCGCGCAUGUGCUUCGAUGCCAAGCCCAUUGAGGAAUGCAAAUCGAAGCCCGCUGCAUUAAAGCCCGGCCAGACGGUGUUCUUUGUGAUCCAGCCGCGUUUCAUGAACGUGGACAUACGCAUCAUCAUCGAUGUGACGCAGGGUGAACUGGAUGUGUUUAUGUCGCCACAGGAUGACUCCUUUAUUGUGGAAACGAAUCAAACGACGGGCUAUCACGAGAUUUUCCUGGACAAUCGCUACAGUUGGGGACCCAAAACGAAGCGGGAGCAUCCUCUAAAUGUGGCACUGCCACGACACGACAAUGUCACGUUGCAGAAACUCUUCACGCCGGAGCGUCGGACGGGUAGAGCGAACAGUGGAGGUGGCACCUUCUAUGUGCCGCAGUUGCACGAUUGUCGGAGUCAUGGGGUGCACAGUUUUGUGGUGCAGGAUCAGUAUGCCAAGGAUCUGAGCACACAUGUUACACUCAAUCAAUGCAACACGCUGCUGCGUCUCUUUGGGCUAAAGAACCGUUUGGUGCUGACGUUGCCACAACAUGCGCAUAAUUUAAGUGCCACACGAUUUUUUAUUGCACUGCGCGCCAGCUCUGGACCGGAGCCGAGCUAUGGAUCGGUUGUAUUUCGCCAGGAUCAGCUGCAUAUCGAUCUAUUUGUAUUCUUCUCCGUCUUCUUUUCCUGCUUCUUUCUGUUCCUCGCCCUCUGUGUCAUCGUGUGGAAGGUGAAACAAGCGUCGGAUUUGCGACGCGCUCGUCGCCAGCAUGUUGUGGAAAUGCUGCACUUGGCCAAGCGUCCGUUUGCACAAAUCUUUCUGGCAUCAGCCAGCCUGGACCUGGACAACAGUCCGCCGGCUGCCUCAUCCUCCACAACGCGUGCCAUGCGUCAGCGAGCUCGCCAGGCGCUGAUCCUGCAACAGCAACAGCAUCAGAGUCAACAUGGCGAAUCCCAGUCACAUGGACACUUGCCGCAUCACAGCAGCAGCAGCAGCAGUAGUAACUGCACUCGUCCCGUGCAGGCAACAGAGAUUAUGUUGGUGGCCAUUGAGCCAACCUGUGAUAAUCUGGCUGCGGUGGGCACCGUGUUUGUCAGCUUGCCAGGUCGCUCCAAGGCACCGCUAAGCAUUGCGCUUGGUUCCACUCUCAUCUCCUAUCCACGUCAAUAUCCCCUCAAUGCACGGCAUUUUAUGCGCGCUGCAGCCCAACGAAAUCAACAGCUGUAAUUGGAAUCCCUCAAAUCCUUGAACCAGCUCUCUCCUUAAUUAUUAAUGGUAUGCAGCAAAUACUAGUGAAUUCUCUAGAUUUAUAUAUGUAAUAAAUACGUAAGUGUGUGUGGAUUGUAUACAUAGUUUAGGCAAUUUUUGUACAUAAAAAAAAUCGUUUAGCUAACGAAAAAUAAUAACGAAAUAAUACAUAAAACUAUGUAGAAAGAUCGGAUCAUCAAUAUACAAAAAAAAAAAAUCGUGUAGUGCUAAUAAGAACAAAAAACCAAGUGAAAAUAGGGAAAGCAGCUGGAAAAAGAAAAACAUUUAUACAAAGCAUACAAACAAAUGGAAUUUGACAUAUUAAGAUUAAGCUUAAGAUAUAAGUAUACAUGCGUACUGUCAAUUUUUAUAGCAACAAAACUUUUCCGAUGUGCAUUUCUUUGAAAACGAACAAAAACCCAGAAUGGAGGCACAAUAACUUUUUAGCAGCCAUAGUAAACAAAGUAAAAUAACAAGAACAAAAAAUAAUAAUAAUAUGUAACUAUUGUAUGUGCAUGUAUUUAUUAAAAUAUAUGUAAAUGUGUCAUUGCCCCGCCCAAGUUGCGUUGGUCUAACAAAAAUAUGAAAUCCGAAUCUCUAUGAUAUUAUAUACAUUUUUGGUUUAAGGUAUUAUAUUUUUUUAUAUUAUUAUUGUAAUUAUUUUUAUAUUCUGUCGUACUCGUAAUUGUAAUGUAUUGUAUAAAGAGUAUUAUGAUAUAUCCCCCUAUCGGUUGAUGGUUAGCAAUUGCUCAAUUUAGUUAAUUAAUUAAUUACUUAUGACAGCUCUCACGCACUUUUUGCACCUGUGUACCUACUAAUUUAAGAACAAUCACAAAAAACUUACUUAUAUGAAAAUAACUAUAUACUAAUGGACAUAAACUAUCCAAUGUUUUUUUCUACACUUGUUAUGUUUACUCACAGCAACACACUCAAUACUUUAAUUUUACUUAAAAAGCGAUAGCAGCAAUAAUCAACAACUAACGAACAAAUUAAAUCUCAGUGAUUUUUCCAAGAAUUUCCUUAAUCUUUUAGUAAAAAAAAACUCUUACACACUAAUCUCAGUAACCAAAUGGUUGUAACAAAUUUCUCACUAUGGCUUUAAAUUUAUUCUUUUGUACUGUACUCGUCUGAUUUGUUAUUAGGAUAUAUAGUUGGUUAGCAAAAUUUAUAGAACUGAGGUUGUAACGGUAUUUUGAUGAUAUUUACAUGAUGAUUUUAAUUUCAAUUACGUCCCAUUUUGCAAUAUGAUUACAUAUGUAUUAUUUUGUAUUUAGGAAUAUAAGUUUGGUUUUUUUGUCAAUAAAUUGAAAGAUAAUGGAAAAUAAAAAUAAAUAUGUACGCAUUGAUCGUUUUCAUUGUGCAAA